AUGGCUAGCGCAUACCGGGGGCGCACCCUCCUUCAAUCAUCUAGCGGCAGAGAGGAGCAGCACCUCGACAUUGCUGCUGUCCGAACAGAAACCCUGGACGACAAACCCUCAACCUCGACUUCACCAGCACGACCAUCACCCUCCUCACCCAUAGCCUUCUCGACAGAGACGACGACAGCGCCUUCCAGGCCAUUGCGCAGCAGAAAGUGGGGGGACGUCGAAGGGAGAACAUCGCUGGUGACCAGCGACCCCAGCGCUCCAAGAUCUCCUACGCCGAACAGCCUGGAUAGCACCAGCGUCAAAUCGACAUCGACUGUGACGAGUCUCGCACAACCGACCCAAUCCAGCUUGACUGGCCAGAACAAGCACGAGGGGCUCGAAAAUCUUGCUGAAGGUCAAAGGGUUCGAAUCACCCUCAUCAACGGCGCAGAGUUUGAGGGCAUCCUUUCGACCUCGACUAGCAGCAGCUGUCACCUGAGGAUGGUACAGCAGAAUAAACAUACUGCCGACGCCACCAACGGAUCACACAAGAGCGAACUACUACCCAAUAUGUCGUUUCGGAAGAAGGACAUGUCGGAAACCCGAGCAAUGACGGUGAAGGCUCAAAACGGCACUCCAGCGGCCUUCCGCACUGAUAGUGCCAUCUCAUCUGGCGGACCCGGCGCUGGGCUAAGGAAGCUCCAGCCGUGGAAGCCAGACAGCAAUGACAACUUCGAUGGCAGCUUGGAGUCAUCCAACACCACAGGCACCUGGGAUCAAUUUGCAGCAAAUGAAGCAAAAUUCGGAAUUAAGUCCGACUAUAAUGAGAACUACUACACUACGGCCAUUGACAAGAAUCACCCGCAGUACCGGGAGAGAGUCGCCGCUGCGGAGAGAAAGGAGCGCGAGAUCCUGCAUAGUGCUGCCGCCACAAACCACGUCAGCGAGGAGCGGAAGAUGGACUAUGCUGGCGGAGAUGACGGUGGUGACGACGAAGAGGACAAGUACAGCGGUGUCAAGCGACAACAAGACUUCCCACCUCUGCCCGACAAUCGUCAGAACAAAUAUACACCUCCAGCCCGAAGAGCGCCUGCGGCGAUCUCGGCGGUUAAAGGCGGGCCCGUUGAUCCCGCUAUCAUAUCUUCGCAAUUGAAGACGGCAAAGGCACAAGCUGCCCCUAAGGCUGAGGAGUCCAAACCCCGUGCAACGCCGGCUGCCACCGAACUCUCGGCCGCUCUGUCCCCAGCAGCCAAGAACCAUGAAACAGCGUCGGAAACAAAACCAGCUUCUCAGCAAAAGGCUGCAGAGGCCAAGCCUGCAAAUGCGAAUCAGAACUCGACUCCAUUGAAACCGUCCGCUGCGACCAGCCGCACUAUUUCGCCGCAAGCAAAGGAAGGUGCGGCGCUCAGCGCUACCUCCACCGUUGAGCGUGACGUUCUCAAGGAGUUCAAGACUUUCGCCAACCAACAACGAAUGAAUGCGGAGAAAGUGCGCAGUAGCAAGGCCAAAGCCGACAAGGAGGUCAAGUUGACGGAGCUCAAGAAGUUUGCCGAGAGCUUUAAACUCCCCACUCUCGUCCCUGCUGAUCUGGUUCCCAUCAUUGCCAAAGACCCUGCCAAACAAAAAGAGAUCCAAGAGAAGGCUCAACGAGAUGCUGCUGAGCUUCGGCAACGCAAGGUUGAGGAGGCUGCGGCGAAGGAGAAGAAGCCUGCAGCUCCCAAAGAUGGCCAGACUACCAUUCCGCAAGCUGCAUCUGCCGACAAGUCUCGGCCAUCUGGCACAUUGACGACAGCGCAGCCUGCGGUCACUGCUCGACCCUCCGGUGGUCGCCCGAACUUUGUCCCGCAGCCGUACAACCAGUACCGAAAUGACCGCCAGGGCCCUCACAACAUGCCCCAACCUGUUCGCCAAGGUGGCCUGGCUGCGCGCAUCCGCAAUGUGGAAACCCAGAAGAUAGGUCCGGACAUGCGCCAGCCCCCCACGGGCCCAGCGAACGCGGGAGAUGCUCGUCGAAUGGGUAGCAUCCCGAACCAGCCUGGUGCCAAACUGAAUCCUAACAGCCAUGAAUUCCGAUACAAUCCCAACAGCCACGAGUUUCGUCCAAGUAACACGUUUCCGCACCCGAGUGCUGGCUCGAGUCCUCGAUCUGCCAUCAACAACUCGGCCGAAGCACAGUCGGGCCCUCCUGGCUCUCUUGUGGUCGUCACCAAGAAGAAGAAAGCCGUGGAUAUGAAGAAGUGCAUUAUUCUGGCUCAUGUCAAGUCAAUCCCUGUGCCACAAGGAAAGAAUUGGGAUGACAACCAGGGAAUCAAGCCCUCCUUCGACACACCGCCCACUUGGCGUCAGGCACAGGAUGACGAGAAGCCGGAUUCCACCAUGCGACUCAGCUACAAAGAGUAUUUUGAGCAACGACCCUUCGCCACCCAGCCAACGCCCAACCCUAGCCAUGCCAUGCCACAGCAGCUUGCCCACCAGCACCAACUUCCCUUCCACCUCCAGCACGGCGCACACAAUGGCGCUCGACAUUCCCCUCAUAUUCCGCCUGUUCAGAUGCACUCUACGCCGCACGGGUCUGGUUCACACUCAUUCAAUGGCGGAGAUGAUCACAACAGGAUGAUGCACUCAAAUUCCUCGCAAUCCUUCUCGUCUCCCCGGAUGGGCCAUGCGCCUAUGUACCCCCCCAACAUGAACUCCCCCGCUCAGAUGCCCUAUAAUCAAAACGUGAUGCCAGGAUUCAUGCCCGGCACCCCUCAGAUGGGAGGACAAUACAACCGAAGCUUUUCCAACAACGGCCAGUACAUGGCUCAACAACAGAUGCCUAUGGGAACACCCAUGAUGAUGCAGCCGCACUUCAUACCGGCUCAAGGCAUGCCUGCCCCGCAAAUGCAGAUGUACCCCCCUGGUGGUCAGCAGCUCAUGGCCCCCGGUGGGGCUGCGCCUCAGCCGAUGCCUGGUGCGAACGGCUAUCCAAGCCCCGGACGGCCUGCAGCGCCCAUGAUGGUUCAUCAAGGCUCCCAACAGGGCCAGCCGAUGUAUGGAAUGAGCCCGGGAAUGCAAUACCAGCAACCUGUUUACUCUCAGCAGCCUGGACAGAUGAACAAUAUGCGAGGAUACAACAACCCGGGUCCGCAGCAGUUCGGCACGAGUCCCCAGCAGAUGCAUCAAUACGGACCGCAACAGCAGCAUCGCAACAGCAGCAACAACUACAAGAACUACCAAGGACACAAUCAACACCAAGGGCCUCAGAGCGGCCACCCCAUCCCGACUGGGCCAGGGCGCACCCCAGAUGGGCCAGAUGAGACUAAAUGA